AUGGCAAACUCUGGCACACUGCCACGAACCGUCCGCAGAUCCGGUUGGCCUCUCGGCUGCGCGCUCCUGUUUUUUGCCCACUUCUCCGCGGCCGUGCCGUCCCACGGACGGCGGCUGAUUUGCUGGCAGGCCAUCAUGAACUGUCAGGCCGAGCCCGAGUGCAACUACGCCUUCGAGCACUACAGCCACGCGUGCGGGCCCGUGCUGAGCGGGGAGAGGAGGAAGUGUCCCAGCCACUGCAUCUCGUCUCUCGUCCAGCUCAACAUGACCAAGAGCGGCCCGGCCCUGGAGGACUGCAGCUGCGGCCGCGACGCGCUCUGCGCCAGCACCAAGCGCGCCAUCGAGCCCUGCCUGCCCCGCACCACCAGCACGGGCUGCACCGAGGCCCGGCACCAGUGCGCCCGGGACCCGCAGUGCAACUCGGCCAUGCACGACUACCUGCACCACUGCGGGAAACUCUUCAGCGGGUCCAUCUGCACCAACGCCUGCCGGAGCGUGAUCGCCAACAUGCGCAAGAUCCCCAAGGGCCAGCAGCUGGACACCUGCAUGUGCGACGGCACGGAGAGGGCCAUCUGCGAGUUCGUCAAGAGCAGCAUGAAGGAGCUGUGCUUCGACUACCCGGACAGGUACGAGGCCAGCGGCUCCCAGGAGGACGACGAGGACUACAGGGACCCGAUCGAACCGCAGGAGGAGGAGGUGGAGAGCGGAGCCGAUCUCCCCGCGGCCCGCUGUGUUUUGACCCUGCUGGCAUCCAUUUUGGCUGUGAUGACCUCUUUUUAA